GUGAGUGAGAAAGUGACAGAGCGAGUGAGAGAGAGAAAAAGAGAAAGAGAUAGAGAGUCUUAGUCAGUUUAGCAGGCAAAACAGCAGAACGCCAUGAAGGAUUGACGAAGAUAGGCAUCAUUUCUUGAGCACCUUUUUUCAAUUCUAAGCCCCGGACGGUGUCAAAUCAUGCCUUCCCAAGGCCACAAAAGAGGGUCUGAUGACCCCUCUACUUCAAAUGAUCAGGGCAGGGAAGGUAAUAAACGCCUUUGUGCCAUAGCAAAGGGAACUGCAGCAACACCUACCCUCGAGAUGGAUGUCAUCAAAGUGGCCAAAGAGGGCAUUGGAAAAGUCCUUAGCGGGCUAGACAAGGUGUCACCUCCAUAUGCAAACACGGAUUUCAUUGGUUAUUUAAGGGAAAAAAUCUCAGCUUUGGAGGCUGUUAUUGACGACAAAGUUGUUGUUGGUGUAUUUGGGAGGUCAGGAGCUGGUAAGAGCUCACUGAUGAAUGCCAUUUUGGGGGUGAAUACCUUGCUGCCCUCCGGGACUGUUGGUGCAUGCACAUCAGUCAUCAUCCAGGUGGAGGCCAAUAUGACUGACUCCAACUACGUGGCAGAGAUUGACUUCAUUUCUAAAGAGGAAUGGGAGAAGGAGCUGGAAUCACUUUUGAAAAUUAAAGAAAUGGAUGGUGAGGAGAAAGAUAAAAGGAUGGUGAAUAUGGCGAACAGUAAAAUCCAGGCAUUGUACGGAGAAGAUGCAGUCGGGAAAAGCUUUGAUGAACUGAAGUCACUGGAGUCAGAGACAUUCAGCGACAUCCCAGAGUUUCUCUCAUCAACUAGGAAAAUCCUGUCAUUUGACACAGCCACAAAGUUCUCUACAGAGAUCGCCUGCUACAUACGAAGCAAAAGAAAGAUACAUGGGAAACAAUCUAAAUCAUCUCAGAUACACUACUGGCCACUUGUGAAGUAUGUGACCAUCAAGAUGCCAAACUCCAAGGAUCUUCUGGAACACAUUGUGCUGGUGGAUCUUCCAGGAACUGGAGACUGCAACAAGGCCAGAGAUGAGAUGUGGGAAUCGUACAUUACUAAGUGCUCCUCUGUGUGGGUCGUGGCUGACAUUGACCGGGCCGCGGCUGACAGUGAUGCAUGGAAUAUACUGGACAACAGCAUCAGUAAUAUGGGUCCUGGUGGACAGUGUCAGAACAUCACCUUCAUCUGUACUAAGACGGACGACAUCAACCCAGACAAUUAUAUGCUUGAAAUGGACGAUGAAGACCUUCACAUAGAGGACUCUUCUAACUAUUCAGAGGAGCAGAAACGUGCAUGCAUAUUGCACCGAAAUCAACAAGCCAAGAUGGAAAUUCAAGAGAAUUACAGCAACCCGUAUGAAGCUAUUGAUGAAAUGCAGGUGUUUACAGUUAGUUCUCAAGAAUUCCAGAAGGAUAACAACUGCAUUCUGAGACAAGAAGAGACAGAGAUACCUGAGCUGAGAGCUCUGCUGAAAAGCUUGAACGACCAACGGUCAGAAAAAGUGAUGAGAGACUAUGUGAUUGGAGCCUAUGGGAUCCUCUCCCUGGUCCACGUGGUAAACCAUGGGAUCACCAAAUCGAUGGAGACCGAAAAAGAAAAAUUGCACAAGCUUCUAGAACAAAUGCUGGAAGAUGAGCUCCAAAAAAUUGACCAGUUCAUGUCAGACAUUCACAUGGAGUUUGACAAGUGCCUUUCAGCCGGAGUGCUAGAGUCAGAGAAGACAUGUGUGACAAGAGCCAAGGAGGAAGUGAUAGCACCAAAAGGAAAAGGAGGAGGGGGGUACCACCAGACCCUGAGAGCUGUAUGCAACGGCCAGGGGUUCUGCAGGUCAACAAAUGGAGUAAAAACGAACAUGAACGCUUCACUGAGCAGCUCUCUGUGCGAUGCCAUUAAAAAUAUGUUUUCAAAAACAUUCAAGAAAUCUCAGAAAUCUAUAUCUGCAAAGAUUGAUAGUUUCAGCAUCCUCUUAGAGAGCCAUGAUGAAGAAACCAUGUUUCCUCGGCUGGCAUUCCUCAAAACUGAGGAACACAAAUUGAAGGCAGAUCUUAAACAUGAGAUCAUCCAGAGGAAGAAGGAAAUUUACUCUUCGCUCAUCAAGUCAAUCAUGACCUCCAUGCUCCCCUCCUAUACAGAGGCUUCAAAUGUACAUGGGAAAGGAUCCCUAAAGAGAAUGCAGGACAUUCUCGAGAGUCACAUUGAGUCAUCAAAGAGCACCAUGUUCCACGAUGCUAAGGGGAAGAUGCUGACGCUCCUAACCAAGCUCAGUGAAUACAUUGUGCAGGAAGUAAGGUCUAAACUAAAGGAAGCUAUGAAGCAGUCACUCCACAAUGAGCUACCUCUCCCAGAUAUAUCUGAGCACUAUGAGAUAGUGAAGAGCGCCCAUGAAAAAAUGACGGGUAAACCUAUCACAGAUGUUGAAGAUGAGAAAUGUGUUCCAGAACACAGCUCGGGGAAGGAAACGACAUCUGAGCAGGUUCCACGUCGAAACAACAGGAAUGAUGAGAAGAUAAAGAAACAAAUGAGAAGUGUGAAGGAUGUUCUUGCAGAGGCUGAGUUUGUGGAUAAGCACAUGAGUGCACUAAUCAAGAGGGUCACAAUGGUGAUGGCUAUAGCAGAUGACCUACUGGGAGAGGACAUGAUCCAAGAUGAAACGUAUUCGAAUAUCUAUGCAGCAAAGACCAGUGUGAAAAAAAUGAGGAAGCUGUUUCAGGUUGUACGCUCAGGAGGGCUACUAAUUAAAUCAGCCUUCUACACAGCUCUCCAAACUAAUGAACCUAGUCUUGUCAAGGACUUGGGUAAGAACAAUAGAUACUAUUUUCACCAUGUGAUUACCCUAAAACUUUGUGUGUCUUCUUGUGCAUUUUGAUAUGAUGUACAGUACAUAUAUUUUCCCAUUCCUCUCCCAGAGGCAACAGAACAUUUCCCCUGAUGACAGAACUGGCUUGGGCUUCAAGUGCUUGACAAAGGGCAGCAAGCAGUCUCACCGGCUGUGGAACUGCAGCGGAGUUACUAUCCUCCUAAUGCCCCGAUAGGUGUUGGGGGAUAUAACCAACUAGCUCUAUCAUCCUCUUUUGUUGUUGUGGCUUUAUGUUUGUGGCAAACUGAAAUCUGUGCUCUUGCAAUCUGCUAUAGCCUGGUACUUUGUUUUCCUCAGAAUGUUUUGUGUGUUUUGUUUUUAUCAAACCCAUCUUUAGUGUUCUUACUGUAUGUGUGAGGGGAAAGGGACAACACAAUUUUUUUAUUUAUCUGAUGCAAGUUAAAACAUGUAAAUGCAUAAUAACUGAGGACAACAGAGGGACAAACAGGUUGAGUGGUAUGUAUGCUUGUUAAUUGAUUUAUGCAUUAUUUUAAAUAUUUGGUACAUAAUACAAUCAUGUUAUGUGGAAAUGUUUGUCACAAUUUAUUUGACCAGAGGACAAUACCAGUGGAAACAGUGCCAUGAAGUAAUGUGCAACCCAAGAUAAAAUAUUGGUCAUGUAUGUAACAUUUUAUUUUAGAUGUGAACUUGAUUAUACCAAUGAAUUGUGUUUAUCCCUGUUGUAGCUUAACUUCUGAUUUUAUUAUGACGCCUGGUUUAUUUCAUCAUUCAUUCUGUUUGUUCAAAGUAAUCUCUAAAUCAUCAUUAUAUCUUCAACUAAUUUUACAUUUCAUGUUUCUGAGUUGAAUGUCAUAUUGCCUAAAUCUUUCCUCAAUAAAACAUUUUUAAAAGUA